GGAGGGGAGCGGGGUCUAAUGGUUAGAGCGCGGGGGGGGGGGCUGGGAGCCAGGACUCCUGGGUUCUCGGGGCUGUGGCUGGCCCUGACGUGCCCUCCCCUCCCAGGCGCUGAUGUCACAGGUGUUGUGUUUCCAAGCCCGGGCUGGAAAACGAGUUUGAGCAGCUGCUACCCCCCCGACCGGGACCGGAGCCGGACGCGCGGGUAGGGGAGACCGGAGCCGGUCGUUCCCAGAGCAACACCUGGGUUCUGCCUGCGAUCUGGGAGGAGGGUCCUGGAGAAAUCCAGGGAUCGCGCCCCCCCCCCGGGCGAAACGGAUUGCAGGUUGCAGGUCUCUGGCCAUGGUUCUCCAGGAGAAUGAGCCCCUGGUGGGGCUGAGCCAGACCUCGUGAUGCCCCUUCCUGGCCCAGCAGGGCAGGACAGGCGGAGGGGGCCGUUUCCAGCCCAGGGCCCCGAGAUGGCCCGGGCCCAGCUGGUGGGCAAUGCCGACUGUCUCUCUGCCGGCCCCCGGGGAGCCGCGAGCGACAGCACUGAGGAGGACGAGGCCAGCAGCACAGAGAGUGCCCAGAAUGGGGAUGAGAGCCCCCAGGUGGGCGUGGAGGGGUCCCGGCGGCAGGGGGAUCAGAACGAGGCGCUGGCUCGGGUAGCGGAGCUGGAGAGUCACAUCAAGGAGCUGCAGCACCAGCAGAAGGAGAUGAACAUCGAGAUGAAGCUGGAGGGGGCGCUGCUGGAGGGGGAGCUGGCGGCCGAGUGGCGGGAGGUUCAGCGCGAGGAGCAGCUGGUCCUCCACCUGAAGAGGAGGUUCGCGGAGAUGGUGCGCAGGUGCCACGCUGAGAGAGAGAAGGAGAAGGCUCGGCUGGGGAAGGAGCGGCGCAAGGUGGAGGAGCUCCAGCGGCAACACGCCGAAUCCCAGACCCACCUGGAGACCCAGCCCGAGAGCAUGCGGGAGCGGAUGCAGAGCCAGCUGCAGCAGACUUCGGAGAUGCUGGAGGGGGCACUGAAGAGCUAUGAGGACCUGGAGUUCCAGCAGCUGGAGCGCGAGAGCCGCUUGGAGGAGGAGAAGGAAGAGGCCUGCCAGGCCUUGGUCCGCCAGAUAGCCCAGGUCCAGAAGAGCCUCGAGGAGAGGGAGAGGAAGGUGUGCAGGCUGGAGGCCCAGGUGCGCUUCGGGCAGGAGCACAUGGCGGGCGAGUGCCGCAAGCUGGUGCAGGAGAAGGGAGAGGCCAUCCAGAGCCUCAACUUGGAGAGGCGUCGGCUGGAGGAGCUGGGCAAAGCCUGUGAGGACCAGAGUGGAAAUGACUCGCCCGUCAGUAACCAGGAGCUCACCAAGGUGGGGUCAUGUUGCCACCUGCUGAUGAGUUCCAGGCAUUGCAGACAGGUGGCUCCAAGGAGAAUUGGGAGCCAGGACUCCUGGGUUCUUGCCCCAGCUCCAGGAAGGGAGUGGGGUCUGAGCUCCUUUGGGCUGCAGAGAUCAGCAAGCCUUCCCAGAAGACGGGGGAACUGGCCAGCCCCCCGCCCCACCCCACGCCCCCUCUCGUUCAAUGAUAACGGGGGGCUAGACUCGGACAUCCUGGCACUGCAGCUCUCGGCGGGGGGCGACCGGCGCUGCGUGCCACUCACACAUCUCAACGCCCCCCUGUACCCUCUGGGGGGGCCAUACAGCAGCGUGGGCUCCUGCGUCACCAAACUGGCCGAAAUGGAGCGGAUGGUGCGGGAGGCCAUGGCAGAGAGAGAGCGGCUGCUGCAGGCACGGGAGGCGAAGCGAGUGGCCCAGGGGGGGAAACAACACACGGAGCCGCUCCCACCUGCCCAGGACCAGAGCCCGGGACCGGCGCGGGAGCCCCCUGCCCCUGCCCCCCUGGACCUGCGUGCCCACCUGGAGGCCUCGGGGCACAGCCUGGAGACCUGCCCCGAGGUGUGGGUGACGGGCAGGGCCUGCCGUGGCUUCCUGGUCAAGAUGGGCGGGCGCAUCAAAACCUGGAAGAAACGUUGGUUCUGCUUCGACCGCCAGCGGCGCCUGCUGGCCUACUACGUGGACAAAGAGGAGGCGAAGCUAAAGGGCGUCAUCUACUUCCAGGCCAUCGAGGAGGUAUAUUAUGAUCACCUGCGCAGCGCCUUCAAGAGCCCCAACCCCAAACUGACCUUCUGUGUCAAGACCUACGACCGGCUCUUCUGCCUGGUGGCGCCCAGCGCGGAGGCCAUGCGCAUCUGGAUGGAUGCCAUCGUCACGGCCGCCGAGGAGAACACCCGCUACUGAGCCGGGCCACGGAGCCCCCCAGGGACCCAACCGCCCACUCCCCCCACCAAAGACAUUGACCACCUGGUGGGCGUGGCCAGCCGGGCCAUUGGCUCCGCCCCCGGGAGGGGCUUCAGGGCAGGGCAGCCAAUGGGGGAUGGACUUGGUUCUUCAAGGUGUGACGCCGUGCUGGCCCCGUCCCUUUGGACCUCGGCCAUAGCGGGGAGCAAUGGGGCUCAGGUGUUUGCCUCCAAUCAGAGCAGGACUCUUCUAAAACACAGAUGCUCCCAAAAUUGGCACCAAUGGGAGGCAAGUGGCUUUGAAUCCCGACCAAUGGGAGGAGGCUCACUCUGGUUUGAAGGCCGGGCUAUUGGAUGCAUGCUCACCCCAGGCCUGCACCAAUCAGAGGAGAGAAGGGUUGAAUCCUGGCCAACAGGAAAAGACUUGUUCAGAAUCUGCACCAAUAGGAGGAGACCUGCCUUAAAUGCCAACCAGUGGGGGUGGGGGUUGGAAUUCCCACCAAUUGCAUGCGGCCUGGCUUUGAAACCUGGCCAAUUACCCAAAAGACUCAGCUGGAGUUUGCACCAAUUGGAGGAGACAUGGACUGAACUGACCGAUGGCGGCUUGGAUUUCCCAUUGACGCUCCAAAAUCUCGACCAAUGGGAACAGACUUCAGGGACGCACCAAUCAGGGGAGACCGGGAUCGAACUGGCCAAUGGUGGCCGUCCCUGGAGUGCACUGUGGCCAAGUCCCCACCAAUGGGGAGUGUGGAGUCCCUCUGAUCGGGCGGCGAAGAAUCUGGUGGCUGUGUGGCCUUUCCCAGCAUGCUUUGUGCCAUGUGGCCAAGGCUCAGGGGGCCGGGGCUGAGCCCAAUGGUGGCAGCAGGGGGACCCCCCUACGCCUCUGGAUCUCAUCUGUACCCCACUCCCCUGUGUCUGUUGUGGGCCCCAGGGUCGCUGCCCCCUGCUGGCGCCAACUAUUUAUUACAGAAACUCAUCUGACCCA